CGCCUGUGCAAGACUGAAGGGGAGGAGCCGGUACGCCUGUGCAAGACUGAAGGGGAGGAGCCGGUACGCCUGUGCAAGACUGAAGGGGAGGAGCCGGUACGCCUGUGCAAGACUGAAGGGGAGGAGCCGGUACGCCUGUGCAAGACUGAAGGGGAGGAGGCGGGGAGGAGCAGGUACGCCUGUGCAAGACUGAAGGGGAGAGCCGGUACGCCUGUGCAAGACUGAAGGGGAGGAGGCGGUACGCCUCUGCAAGACUAAAGGGGAGGAGCCGGUACACCUGUGCAA